GGGUGCUUCUGCACGCGGGCUGAGCGCUAUCGCUUAUUGCAUUGCAGGCGUUGUCCUUUCUUACCAGAAUUAAGAGGCAAACGUUAUACUUUAUUUUACCCCUAUAACCACAGAAAUGGCUGAUUCACAGGAUGACAAGCUCUACAAAGCCGAGUAUGCAAAAAGUGGACGCGCCUCUUGCAAGAAAUGCAAAGAAAACAUUGCCAAGGGCUCGCUGAGAAUGGCCAUCAUGGUGCAGUCUCCGAUGUUUGAUGGAAAAGUGCCUCAUUGGCACCAUUUUUCCUGUUUUUGGCUCCGGGCUGCAGUACAGUCAACUGCCGACAUAUCUGGAUUUACUGACCUCCGCUGGGAUGACCAGGAGAAAGUCAAGAAAGCCAUUGAGACUGGAGGUGCCACUGGAGGGAAAGGAGAGCAGAAGGGAGCAGCUAAAGGUGAAAAGACACUUAAUGACUUUGCUGUGGAGUAUGCCAAAUCUAACAGAAGCACCUGCAAGGGGUGUGAUCAGAAAAUCGAAAAGGAUCAUAUCCGUGUAUCAAAGAAGACAGUGGAUCCAGAAAAGCCUCAGCUGGGGCUGAUAGAUCGCUGGUACCAUACAGGCUGCUUUGUGAGCCGGCGUGAAGAUCUGGUAUUUAAACCGGAGUACAGUGCUGCCCAGCUCAAAGGUUUCGCUGCAUUACGAGAUGAAGACAAGGAGGAGCUGAAGAAGAGACUUCCUGCAGUGAAGAAUGAAGGGUGA